GCAGGCGGAGCUCCUUCCACCCGUACCGUUGGAAUUCGCUGCGUGUAUUUUCUCGGCAUAUUUUGCUGAAAAGAAAAAAAAACGAGCACCAGCGCGGAGGAAGAGAAGAAAUCAGAGCGCCUUGUGCAGGCAGAUGUGAACUGAAGGAACACGGACGGUGCCGUUAAUCCGCAACGAUGUGGCAGCCUGCGACCGAGAGACUGCAGCAUUUUCAGAACAUGUUGAAGUCAAAACUGAAUGUUUUGACACUGCGUAAAGACUCGUUACCGAGUGUCAUUUUCCACGAACCGGAGGCCAUUGAGCUCUGCUCCACUACACACACCACUAAAUCACGGACACACACUGGCUAUAAGGUUACCUAUCUAGGCAAAGUGACAAUCCCGGGCUCCAAGUUUCUCUCAGGCUGCACCGAGUCUGCUGUGGUGGCAUUAUGGGAUACAAAGGCCUCGUCAGUUGCCAUGGAUUCCCUGCUGGAGAUCCGGCCUUUCCAUGUGCGUCUCCACCACCUGAAUGGGCGGAGUGAGGCGCCAGACUCAGUGGAGACAUUCCAGGUGGCACGGAUCGCAUACUGCACGGCAGAUCAUGAGGUGAGCUCGAAGGUGUUUGCGUUCAUCUACCGGCAGAUCAACGAGGACCUGACAUUCCAAAUGGACUGCCAUGCUGUGGAGUGUGACAGCAAGCGCGCUGCCAAGAUGCUCGCUCACGCCAUGAUGGAUGCCUUCACCAAGACCUUCCACUCCAUGCGAACCGACGGGCGCAUACACCAAUCAGGAAACGAGAUACCUGAAAACUCGAAUGCAAAUCCAGAUGAUGGCUGAGGCAGAGGGGGUGGAACCUGUAGGGGAAAUGUUGGAUCCCAAGGAAAAUAAAUCAAAAUGUUCUCUUAGCUCACAGCUAAUAAAUAAAUGCAUCACUGCAGCCAUAUUGCUCUCAAAUCCUGUUCUAGAUUAUUGCAAUGAAAAAUUGAUCAGGAACAUUUAUUAGGACAUCAUGACAGACUGUUGUUCUCAACUGCUGCGGUAGUACAUUGUUUCAGAAUGUUACCAUGGUUGUUCUACAAUAUUGUGAUCCAGGUGUGUUCUAGAAUACUGUCAUAAAAUAUUGCAUUUAGAAUAUUGUGAUUAAUAUUUUGGUAUAAUAUAAUUGGAUGUAUAUCUUUGCUCGAAAUUCUCAUGAUCAAACUUUGCUUUAAAAUAAUUACAAGUCUUGUUAUAGGAUCUCAAAAAAGCAACCUUUUCUAGAAUCUCCCAACCCUUGUUAUCGAACAUGUAUCUAAAUUAUUUUUUAAUAAGUCAGAUGGUUUUUUAUCAUUUUUACCAGUCUUCUUUAAUGCCUUGAUAUAAUGUUUCUCUAGAAGUACAUUGUACAAUUACAAUACAGUACAAGCUUGUUAUGCAGCGUCAAAUAUUGAGAGCCUUGUUUUAGAAAGAUUCUUCCCAAAUUUUGCAUCAUGACGCAACAUUUGUUUUAGAAUGUGAUGGGAUUUUGUUUUAGAAGGUCAGCUUGCAGGCUUCGGAUACAGGCAUUUUAAUGGAUCAUCAAAUAUCUAGAACAUUACAAUUAGGAUGCAGUGUUUCUUUUUUUAAUUUUUUUGUGGUAGAUUGUUGCAUAGACUAAUCUGGAACAUAGAGGUAAAGUGGCCAAGUAUGUCAAUUAUAUUUUACAAUAUUUUAAAAUGGUGCUUUACCAUAUGAAAACUGUUCUAUAUUAUUGUUCCAGAAUGUCACAAUUGACCAGAAGUGACAGAUCUCUAGCCCAGGUGCCCAGCACCAGCAAAAUACUUGUCUAUCUUUCUAUUUGUUGCUUCCUGGUGGUCAAGAUUCCACCAAUCACUGAUCCAAAAAUCAUAUUUAAAUUUAAAAACCAUUGAAAUUAUUAUGUAUGUUUAAACAUAAAACAGUAGAAUCUUGCCUCCAGCUACAAAUGACCAAUUGCAUAUCCACUACGAGAUCAUAUCCAAAGUAUUUUUUAAAACAUAAAGAUAAUGAGAACAGAAUAGUUUAAAAUACUAAAAAUAGCAUUACAAUAAAUUUUGUAAUUGUGGAGAUUGCAGAAUAGUCGCUACAAUUAAACCAGGCCAAUGGCUUUCCAGUUGUCUUUAAUCCACAAAAUUACACUUAUUUUCGUGUCAUUGUUAAGUACGUUUUUAUACAUCAGGAUACAUGAUAUUAGGACUUAUAAUUUUUAUCCUAAUUAAAAGAUUUCUGAAAAACAAAAAUAUAACAGUGCUAAUUUAUGGAUUUAUUAUUUAGUUUUUGUAGGCCAUAAUACACUCACUUGCCACUUCAUUGGGUACAAUACGUCCAACUGCUUGGAAAUGCAAAUGUUUGAUCAGCCAAUCAAGGUGGCAGGAACCCAAUACAUUUAGGCAUGAAGUGAUUUAAACAACUGUGAAUGUAGCAUUGUUGUUGUUGGUGCUGUACAGACUGGUGUGAGUAUUUUAUACAACUACUGAUCCACUGGGAUUUUAAGGCACAGACAUUUGCAACGUUUGCAGAAAAUAUGCAUUGAGCAUGAGUUUUCUGGGUGAAAAUGCCAUGAAGAUGCCAGAGGUCUCAUGUAUGCCGAAGAGCAACAUGGACACGGAUUCAUCCUGCUUGGUAUCAAUAGUUCAGGCUGGUGGUACUGUAGUGUAAUGCUGUGGGGGAUAUUUUCUUGGCACAUUUUGGCCCCCUUAGUAAACAAUUGAGCAUCGAUUAAAAGCCACAGCUUACCUAAAUAUUAUAGCUGACCAUGCCAUCUCUUUAUGACCAUAGGAUAACGCACAAUGUCACAAAGCUAAAAUCAUCUCAGAGUGGUUCCUUGAAUUUGACAAUGAGUUUACUGCCUCCACAGUCACCAAAUAUCAAUCCAGUAGAGCACCUUUAGGAUGUCAUGAAACAGAAGAUUCGCAUCAUGUCUGUGCAGCAACUGAAUAAUGUCUGAAUGAUGAAUGAUCGUGUCAAUAUGGACCAAAAUCUCUAAGAAUUUUUCCAGCACCUUGUUUAAUCUAUGCCACAAAGAAUUAAGGUGGUUUUGAAUGCAAAAGUGGGUUCAACCCAGUACUAUCCAAGUAUACUUAAAUGAAGUGGCCAGUGAGUGUAUAUUGAAAGUAUUCUGAAUAUUGUGACAAUUGGUCCAGUACAUAAGGCAGUAAUGUUCUUUUGGAACAUUGUGAUAAAAUUGUUAUAGAAUAUCGUUCUCGAAUAUCACAUCAGAUCUUUGUAUAUUGGAAACAUGACUAAACGUUCUGGAACAUUGUUUAAUCACCUUAUUGUCCCAAGCUGUUGCAUAAGAUGUGAUUUUAUCUGUUCCAGCAUUAUUCUAGAACAUCAGUGGUGAACCAAUUUUGUAGUGCAUAGCUAUUCAAGGGAAUCAGAUGGAUAAUUCGGUAGAACGUUCCAUAAUGUUGUUAUCAAACAGUAGAAUUUUUAGAAUGAUGACAAAACUUGUUCUGAAACAUUGCUAAAAGCUUUCCUGAUAAUGUACGAUUGUUUAAAAAUACAAUUGUGCUGCAGUGUUCGAGAGUGUGUCGUGCAGUGUGUUCUACAGCAUCAUGAUAAAACGUGAUAAAAUUCCACGAGGGACGUUGUUUUAUAACAUUGUGAUGAAUUCUAUUUUUAUAGUAAUGCAAACAUUCUCUCCUGCGGACAUUCAUCUAGAAUGCUGUAACAGAAUGUUGUUCUAAAAUGACAUGAGUGCAUUCUUGAACAUUGUGAAUGAAUAUAGUUAAGGAAACGAUAGCUCCCCUUUACGGAAAUCCGCUGUGUGUUACAGUCAUGGUACGAGAGGUGGGGCUUUCCUGUCUUGCAUUCUCUUUGGCCAAUAAGAAUCUCUGGAAUUCGUUUCCUCUUUCACAUAGUGUUCCUUGAGUAGCCCAAAUCUUACCCAAUGGGUUUUUUUUAAAUUGUGGUUUUAACAGCCAGAUGCGUGUGUAUGUGUAUGUGUGUGUGAGUGAGUGAGUGAGUGUGAGAGAAAGAGAUUUAUACUAAAGCCCAUGGAAAAACCAUGGAUAAAUCUUUAAAGAACGGGUUUUUGACAACAAUACUAGGUGAUGCUUUGUGCUGUGCUGUGUGCAUGUUUGUGUGUGCGGGGUUGUGGUUUGAAGUAAGUGACAGAUCAAUUUUUUUCUCAGCCACAUUUAUCGCAGUGUGUAAAUACAAGUUCUCAACUGUGCUGUGCUCAAUUGUAAUUUUUUUUUUCUUAUCCCUCUGCUUUGACCUGUUUGGCUGCUUCCCAAAUGCCAGUGUACGAUACAUGUCUUAAUUAUACAUAAUUCUCACAACUGUGGGAAGUGCGAAGACUUAGACAAGCUCGUUUGUGAUCUACUUCAGUCAGUACACACAGUAAUAUAUAAGCUACAGCUUUAUAUCUUAGAUUAUUUAGCUAAGCCUGCGCACUGCAUCCGCUGUCAGUCAGACUGUUUAAACAAGUUAUAUUAGACUGCAUUUUGUGAAUUGAUGUUAACCUUAAGAACACGAGACAUGACUGCCAGCAUUUGGGAGUUAGCCUUAGCAUGACAGAGGGUCCAGUUCCUGUCUCUUUCUGAGCAGUGGUGAAUGUUUGAUAUCAUGCUGCACAUUUUCAUUUUAAGGUACUUGUUGAUUGGUUAUGUUCACAUGAUUUUUGGAUAUAUAUUUUCUUGUACAGUUGGUUGUGGAAUAUGUUCACACACACACACACACACACACACACACACACACACACACACACACACACACACACGCAUGUACACACACACACACACACAGACACACACACGGACACGCAGACACACACACACACACACACACACACACACACACACACACACACACACACACACACAGCUCCAAAUGAAAAAAAAAAAGACUCUAUAACUGGACUGAACAUUAGUGGAACAGGGAGAGAAAGAGAUUUAUAUACAGUAUAAAUAUGAAUAUAAGUUUAUCUAUCCAGUGUAUUCAUAAAGCUUUUGUUUAAACAGAUGUAUCAGUUCUCUAUUAUUCCAGUCAAAUGUUCAUAGAUAUUUUUGUUUAAUCACAUGAAGUCAGUAUUGUGCAGAGAAAGAAUGAGCGUGCUGUUGUUUUCUGUGAAUGUUCUCACUUUCUGCCACAACAGCUUUAAACGUCUGGUGUGAACUUCUAUCCAAUAAAAGUCCUCACAUUUAAACACCUUA